CUGGGUUACACGAAUCCCACCGAAUUUGAAACCGAAAACAUUAGCUUAGCUCAUGUUAGCUUAGCGGAUUAAAUCAUUAACCUGCUGUGUCUGUCAAAUCCAUCCAUUUAACACAAUACUCCACAAAACAUGGGGAAGUUAGCUGCUUUUAUACCCGUUUUAACUCUAUUGUGUGCUUACUGGCAAAGUGCAGUGGGAAACAGAGGAUAUUCAUACGCAGAUUGCACCUAUGUGAAAGGAGACAGUGUCCACGAGUAUUCUGGGAGUCGAUGCUUCUGUUACAGCUCUGGUACAGUAAUCAAAUGGAAGGACAUCUGUUCCACCUUCAAGGUAAAUGUGACAAGUGAUGAGGACGUCUUUGUUGUGUUCCCGAUGGAGACACAAAAUUGCCACCAUCCGGGUGAUGCUCUCACUGUUACUAAGUGCUUUGUUGAACACUAUUGGCCAUCCACUAUCCAAAGAGAGAAGUCUUUGGACAUUCCUCUGGUUGAUGAAGAUGUCUGCUUCAUGACCAAAUCGGCUAGAAGCAAUAAUGUGUACACACUGCACGUCUCCAAAAAAAGGUUAAAUGGAAUGUGCCUUCUGCUUUUUGUGUGUGGGUUGGCACUGUUUUGUAGAGCGGGAAACAUAUGCAGGAGCUCACUGUUUUUCUACACAGCCGGAGUUUCAUUGGGAGUCAUCGCCAUAUUUGUCCUCCUGACUCUUCUCCUCCGAAACUUCAUACCAAAGCGAGGGCUGUUCCUGGUAUUGUUGGGUGCUGGCUCCAGUCUGUCCUACAUCGGGAUCCAGAGGGUGUUAAGUGAAUGGGAUGACAUUGUGACUGAGCACGGGCUAGAAUUACUGGUAUAUGUGCUCAUAUCAGGCUUAUUUAGCUUUGCUGUAUGCUAUAAGCAUGGCCCCAUCACCAACAAACACACCCUCAACUUUAUGACCUGGUGUAUGCAAGUAGUAGGCAUGGUGUUGCUAUACUAUGGGAUCACAUUCCCCCCUGCCUACUACGUACUGAUUGCUGUCCUGUUGUGCUUGAAGAUUCUGCCCUUGGUCUGGAGCCUUCUGGUGUGGAUUUGCAGGCUCUUCUGCUCAUUCAUAAGCUUGUUCCGGAGGAAGAAACGGUCCACUAUCAGGCUACUGACCGAGGAGGAGUACAGAGAGCAGGGAGAGACCCACACCAGAGCCUCCCUGGAUGAACUACGGGAGCACUGUAACAAGCCUGGCUUUCCUGCAUGGGACACUGUGUUGAGGCUCAGAUCACCGCAAAAGUUUGCAGAGUUUCUGCGCAAUGGGAGCCACAUCAUUCAAGAGGAGCUUCAGAGUCACGAGAAUCAGUACGGGCUUGGUGGGGCGUACUACGAGAACGUGCUCUUUAACAGCAGCUCCAGCGACACCCAGUCGCAGAGAGGAGAGGCAGAGGACAGUAGCGAGGACGAGCCGGUGAGAAACGGUCCUACAACCCUAAAUAAUCUCCCCAGUCCUGCUGUAUACGCCCCAGCCGUCUGCCCAUAUCCCCCUGCCACCUACACCCCUCAGCCAGAACCAAUGGAUCCAGAAGACCAGGAUUUCUUUUGAAAUUGUGCCGCAAUCUGUAGGAAGAGUGAUUUUUAUGUUCAUUUUAAAAAGACUUUUUGAAUUGCACAAUAUUGUUAGGAAGGAAUGACUGUAAGGAACAUUAGUAGGUCCAUGAGGAUUUUAAAAUAGUCGCUCUCUCUCAUUUGUUUGUUUAAAUGAUCUCUUUUAGGCAGCGUGGGCUGUUACUAUAUUUUUUAAGCAGUGUGUAUUCUCAUACCCAAGUGAUGCAGAGCUGGGAAUAACACUGUAUUGUACAUACUGUAUGUUAAUAGAUGGUGAAAAUCAUCAGGA